UUGGGUUUGCGCCUCAAGCAAAAGCGCGGCAAGCAACAAGGAAGCAAGAUGGACGAAAGUUGCGAGGAUGCGCCAGCGCUGUGCGGGUUGCUGGACCUUGACGACCUGCUGCUGGUGCACAUCGCCUCGUUUCUCGAUGUGCCCUCGGUGUUGACGUUGCAGCUGACGUGCCAGCGGCUGGCCCAGCUUCUAAAUCAGCCAGAUGUGUGGAGGGCAAAGUAUUUGCGAGAGUUCACCUCAAAGGCGAUGAUGAGGGCAACAGUCGCACUGCAGGAGGAGGACGUGCGCGACUGGUUCCAGGCUUACAGGUUCGGCUAUGCAAUCCAGAACCUUCGGCGCGUGGAAUGGCUGAAGCCAGCGAUGAAAACCCCCGUGCAGCCUUGCGAGGGACACGCAGUCUGCUUGUUCCAGGACCGAUAUGCUGUAAUUGUGCUUGGCUUUGGCAACAUGGGGCUUGAACCAGCGGUUGAAAUCCUCGACUUGCACCAGCUGCCGACGCGAGUGUCAUCGCUCGAGGUGACGGAAACAAACGAGCGACCCCACAUCACAUAUGGGCACACGCUCACACCACUCCCAGACGGCCGUCUCUUCCUGCAUGGCGGGUGCACUCUCGGCGGGUAUUUUGGUGCCGUGCAAGACGGUGCUGUGCUGUCCAUUGACAUUCAAGGCGACAAAGCAACAGUCAAGUGGGACCACGUGCGGCUUGAAGGCGGCGUCGGGUUCACCUCCUAUCACUUUGUGGCUCCCGUUCCCACGGACCCUUCAAAGCUUGUUGUUGUUGGUGGGCUGCAUGAUCACGAUCCAGCGACCACCGUUGGGUUGCUCGAGACUGAAACAUUCACGUGGAUCCCACUCGUGCAAGCGCCAGACGAAAACAGACCAGCAGACAGGUACGGCUUUGCAGCCGGGAUUGUCGACCGUUCGCUGUGGGUCCUCGGCGGCUGCAGUGGCUCCGACAUCCGGCGGUCUGGGGACGACCAGCGGGACGUGUGGGCGCUGGACUUGCACGUGCUCUUGGAGCAGCACCAGGUGCAGUGGGAGCGCGUGGUGGAGACCGAGGGUAUGCCCGAAAACAUGUUCGGGCGUGAAACGGCGGCCGUUGUUGUGGACAAGAAGAUCCUGGCGAUUGGCGGCAGCAUCAACCACAUGCGCAACGACGAAGUCACAAACGCCCUCUACUGGUUCGACACAGAAACCCACACGUUCAAUACGGUGGCCAGCCAUGCGCAAACGCGCACCAUGCUGCCAAACCCCCACCUCUCUGGUGAGGCCAUUCUUUACAAGCACUUCUUCAUCGCAUUCGGCGGCUGGACACCAAAUGGCUUGUUGCGGGGUCCAUAUGUGGCCAACCUGGCGCCACUGCGCGGUGAUGGAGAAGACGAGCUACCAGAGGCGUAUCCACCAGCGACGUUCUCCGUGGAGGACGCACCACCCAUGCGCCUGCCCACGCUGCAGCACUUGCACGCGUUUCUGCUCAUGGUUGGCCGCACCCCGCGCACACGCGCCCGCUCCGCUGAUGGUGGUGGCCAUGACGACGACGACGACGACGACGACGACGACGCUGCAAGCACGUAG